CUAGCUGCUUGAUAUUAAUUUUGUAUUUUCAAUCCGCGCCAAUUUGUGUCAGAAAUAUUUUCACAAUUUUCUUUUGGAAUACAGUUAUAUGCGCGAUCUACCGGAGGUGAUUUGUAUACUUAGCAAAUAUAAUGUCCAGCUCAUCAUCGGAUUAUGGCACGCUUGUUGAAGAGGUACGUCCAUCGUUUUUGCGAGCACGCGACCCGUCUGUUGAUCGAUGUUCUCGACCGCGACCCGAACGGCAAGUGCGACUCUUUCAUGAAAUAACGGAGGAAGGUCAGGCAGAAUUGAAUAGCGACGCCGACAUUUCAUCAUCUUACGAAGAUCUAUCCACCCCGCUAUGUGAAGCGAGCAGUGAACUUUGCACAGAUUCGAAUGCCGCGUUAGUUUAUUUACGUUUAAGACCCGUACCACAUAUUUCUUCAUCAUAUACAAUUUCUGAAGCGGGUAAUGUUCUUAUUGCCGGGCCUUCUAAUGAUACUACAUCUACAAGCAACAAUAAGAAUAAAAUGGAACAGCAUUACAGCUUUUCAUCGGUAUUUGACAGCACCGUGAAACAAGAUGAAGUAUAUAGGAUAUGUAUCGCUCCUCGCAUUGAAAGCACAGAUAACUUUACAGUGCUUACAUAUGGAACGUCAGGAUCGGGUAAAACAUUCACAUUGCUAGGUACUCCAAGUAAUCCAGGAAUAGUACCGCGUGCAGUAGAAAAUGUGUUUCGAAUGAACGCAUCCAAUAUAUAUCCACAACCUGCAAUGAAGUUAGAAAAAGCAAAUCCCUGCAUACUAGCCGAUGACGCUCUAGCUCGCGAAGAAAGCAUACGGCAGACAUUGCUGGAUUGUUGUGCAGGACUGAAUGCAGACUACGAACUGCUCGAAAAAACCAUAGAAACAGAACAUGAUUUUAAAACUAUGGAGCAAGAAGAAGUGUCUGUAUUUAUUUGGAUAUCCUUCGUGGAGAUAUACAACGAAUUGGUGUUUGAUCUGCUGGCACCACCGCCAACACAGACAAAAACAAGUCAGCAAAUGACGGCUCAGCAACGCAAAGGCCUUAAAAUUGUUAUAAAUGACGGCAAGGUUUUCAUACCAGGCCUGACCACAGUCUAUGUAAAGUCAUCAGCAGAAACCUUGAAAUUACUUCAAUGGGGCUUACAACGCGUUUCAUACGCAUCUACUAGUAUUAACGCCAACUCUAGUCGUUCGCAUUGUAUAUUUUUUAUAGACGUAAUUAAAUACUACAGCUCUGGCGUAGUCGUUGAUACCUCUUGUAAAUUCUGCGACCUAGCGGGCUCUGAACGUUUGAAUAAAACGCGGAACAUUGGAUUCCGCCUUACAGAGGCCAAAGGUAUCAAUACUUCACUUAUGACACUUGGUCGGUGUCUGGAUGCAGCGAAUAAUAAUAAAAAGAUGAAGACGAAAGGUCAAGUAAUCCCGGUACGUGAAUCCAAGCUGACAAUGUUAUUGCAAGCGGCCUUACUAGGCAAAGAAAAGCUCACAAUGAUCGUAAAUGUUACGCCAACUGAUACCUUUUAUGAGGAAAACAUGAAUGUACUCCGCUUUUCCGCAAUAGCCAAGAACAUUACUUUCAAACAACCUGCGAAAGCUGUGAACAAAUCACGCUACUCGUUUGUGGUUGAAAAAGCUAAAUCUUAUGCAGAAGAAGUGAUAUUUCUACGCAGCGAAGUGGAGCGUUUAAAUUCAGAACUCCAUUAUCGGUUAAUCGAACAAGAAAGAAAUUUGCGCAAAGAAUUGGUUGAAUCAUUUCAAAAGAAACUGGCUGAGAAAGAAAGAGACCAUGAACAAAGCUUAAAGCAAGAGCGGGAAUUGCAGCAGCGUUUGCACGACCUAAAGAUUGCUUCGCUGAAACGGCAUUAUGAAAAUCAACUUGAAGACCUGCGUGAACAAUAUGAAGAAGAGGAAACGGAAAAGAAACGUCGUACUUUGGAAUAAUAUUAGCUCUUUAUGAAUGUAUGUUAACGUUUUUUCGCCUUUAGUCUGAGUUAAAAUUUAAUACAUUUUUCAUUGUCGCUAAUAUCAUUUUCGUAUAAUUUCCUUAUUGCUUUUUUCAAAAUAAACAAUUUCUUAAUUUUAUAAUA